GUUACAACAGUAGAAUAUACAACAGUAGAAGAUACAACAGUAGAAGUUACAACAGUAGAAGUUAUUGCAUUUCAACACACGUGUGUAAAGAUGUCAGAGGAAAUCUAUGAAAACUGCGAUGGAUUUAGUGGCAAAAAAAUAAACAAAAUAGACCCCAUGGAUAUUACUGAUCAAAUGUACAACAACGAAAGACCCAUCAUGCCCUGCAAGAAGGAUGGAGUUGGUGAUCAACAUUCAGGGUUUUGUCAGCGUUGGAAGAGAGACUCUGGAGCUGCUGCAGUGUGUCUGGGGCUGCUGUGUGUUCUCCUACUGGCUGGGAUCAUAGGCCUGUCUCUCUACCAGAGAAACCAGUUGACCCGUUAUAACACCCUGACCAGAGAGGGAGACCAGUUACAGACAAGCUACAACAACCUGACUGCAGAGAGAGACCAGCUACAGACCAGCGGAAACAAUCUGACUGAAGAGAGAGACCAGGUACAGACCAGCGGCAACACCCUGACCAAAGAGAAAGACCAGCUACAGACCAGUUACAACACCCUGACCAAAGAGAGAGACAAGCUACAGACCAGCAACAACGCCCUGACCAAAGAGAGAGACCAGCUACAGACUAGCAACCACAACCUGACCAAAGAGAGAGACAAGCUAAAGACCAGAUUCAACACCCUGACCAAAGAGAGAGACCAGCUACAGACUAGCAACAACGCCCUGACCAAAGAGAGAGACCAGCUACAGAAAGAGACAAAACGUCUGAAACAAUCUUUAGUUGAGAAAGUGUGUCCGGAAGGAUGGAAGAAGAUUGGUAGCAGUUGUUACUACGUCUCUACUGAGAAAAAAUCCUGGGAGGAGAGCAGACAGGAUUGCAGAAAUAGAGGAGCACACCUGGUGGUCAUCAAGAGCCAAGAACAACAGACAUUAGUCAAUUGGUUAUGUGGACGAAAGAACUAUGUCUGGAUUGGUCUGACUGACUCUGUUUCUGAGGGGACCUGGAAAUGGGUGGACGACACACCACUGACCACAAAGUAUUGGAACAGUGGAGAGCCUGAUGGUGGUAGAGCUGAGAACUGUGUGUAUUUCUACUCCUGGUCAUCAGACACAGGAGAAUGGUGGGACUAUUACUGUUACUAUGAAUUCAGAUGGAUCUGUGAGAAAUAGGAUUCAUCCUCGGUUCUCUCUGAACUGCUAAACAUGAUUAUGCUCAGUAUAUCGUAAACUAUUUUCUGCUUAUUCAGCUUACCUUGUCAACUACAUACAAUAUGUAACAAUACAAAUGUAGAAUACAUUAUAAUAAAAACAUAUGCAAUAACAAUACAAUGACUUGAUAAGAGAAGGACUGUUCUGUCUGUU